AAAGACACAAAAUAUUCAUCAUCAUCAUCAUCAUCACAGUUACAACAUUGAUACAUCUCAAAACAAAAAGUGAGAGAUGAGUAAGAAGAAGAUAUUGAUUGUGGGAGGUACAGGUUACUUGGGUCAGCAUCUACUACAAUCCUACAAUGCCAAUCAAACUUCUCAAUCUCAUUCUUACGAUCUCACUGUCGCAUUCACCUACCACUCCACUCCUCUUCCUCAACCUUUGCUCGAUGCAUUUCCUGAUUCUCAAUCUUUCCAUGUCGAUUUUAAAUCCGCCAUUGGAUUUGAAUCCAUUUCCAACGCAUUUGGCCAGCCCGAUGUGGUUGUCAAUUGUGCCGCCAUCUCAGUGCCUCGUGCUUGUGAAAUUGAUCCUGCUUCAGCACAUGCUAUUAAUGUCCCAUCAUCCCUCGUCAAAUGGCUGCAAAGCUUUCAACAGAACAGUACUCUACUCAUUCAUCUCUCCACAGAUCAGGUUUAUGAAGGGGAGAAGUCCUUUUACAAGGAAGAAGACAUUGCUAUUCCACUAAAUGUUUAUGGAAAAACUAAAGUGGCAGCGGAGAAGUUCAUUUCAGAAAAUUGUCCAAACUUUGUAAUUUUGAGAAGCAGUAUCAUCUAUGGGCCACAAACUCUCUCACCAGUUCCAAAAUCUCUUCCUAUUCAGUGGAUUGACGGUGCCCUUUCUAAAAGAGAAACAUUGGAGUUCUUUCAUGAUGAGUUCCGUUGUCCGAUUUAUGUUAAGGAUCUUGUAACUGUCAUACUAGCUUUAACAAACCAAUGGUUAUCAGAGGGCAAGAAAAUGCAAUUGUUACUUAAUGUUGGUGGAUCAGAUAGGGUAUCACGCGUUCAAAUGGCUGAGGCGGUUGCACAAUUUAGAGGGCAUGACACCUCAUUAAUCAAACCAGUCUCUGCUUCAUCGGUUGACCGAGGCGUGAAGUCCCCAGCCGACAUAUCUAUGGAUAUCACUAGAUUGGUUCAAACUCUAAACAUUAAUCCCGUUUCAUUUAAAGAUGGCGUUAAAUUAACACUUACAACGGAAGCUAAGUGAUGAAGAUGCAAUAUAAGCCUCCCUUGGUAGCAUUUGAGUGUUGUUGAUUAUCAUUAAAAAUGACAUGUGCUCUCAAUAUCUCCUACUACAUUUAGAUUGUUGUAAAAUAAAUCUAUGUAAAUUCUUGAGAAAAACAGCUCAACUAAUUUUUGGAUAUAAAAAAAUUGGCGAGUUAAGAUAGUGAUGUUCACAAAUGCACUAAGCCAUACUUCUGACUAGGUGUAAGAAACCACUGUUAUGCCUCAAAGGUAAGCCAUGCUUCUGACUAGGUUUGAAAAUAUACUUUCUUGGCUUUUCUCUGCUUUAAUUUCUCAUCAUAAAUUGUGUGUUUGGAUAAAUAUAUUUUGAUACUAAAUGUAUUUAAUCAAAAGAUUAUGUGGUCAAGAUUAUUACAUAUGCAGAGCGGUUAGAAAUAUAUGGUUAUUACAUACUGCAGUUCUUGUCCAAAAGAAUAAACUUUGUGGUCAAGAUUACAUGUGAGGAAUAUUUUCUAGUAGUUUUUCAUUUCAAAAUAAAGAUAGGCCUAUCCAAUAAUUUUGUGGCUAUGAUUAUAUUAUGAAUCUAUUCUUUCCCUUCCACCUUCUCCUCUCACUAACGCUGUCUUUUACCAAUUUUCUAAACAGUUAACUAAAAAUGUCUUCCUUUAUUGCCCUUCAAAGCUUUCAUGGCUCUUUUCUUAGAUCAAAGUUCUUAGGCCAUGGCAGCUUAACUCAUCUUUAUCCUAAGGCUUCAACCAUUCAAAGCAAACCAACCUACAAAAGAAUACAACCUUGUGCCAAGUUCGACUUGCUGCAAAUCAUGGGAGGCCGAGGACUCUGCAAAGGAGAAGAAGGUCUUCUAAAAGAGCUUAAAAGAGAAGUUGGUUUCGAUGAUCAGAACCAACCAUUACCAUCAGAAGAAGGUAACAACGAUCAAGAAAACUCAACGCAAUCCGUUGAAAGUGUUGCUGAAGAUGGUUUCGAUAAAGAGUUAAUGGGAUUAACCGGAGGGUUUCCUGGCGGUGAAAAAGGGUUGAGAAAAUUUAUCGAAGAAAACCCUCCUCCAAAACCUGAUACUAAUGAUAAAAGACUUCAACUUUCAUCGUCAGAGAAACCAAAACCACCAGAACUUCCUAUGUUACUUCCAGGAAUGAUUGCUAUUGUGAAAAAUGAAAAUAAUCCUUUUUACAUGUACUGUGGUAUUGUUCAAAGAAUCACUGAUGGUAAAGCAGGAGUACUCUUUGAAGGAGGGAAUUGGGAUAAGUUGAUCACUUUCAGGCUUGAAGAAUUGGAGAGAAGAGAAAAAGGUCCUCCUAUGAAGAAUCCUAAGUCUUGUGUUCUUGAACCAUUUCUUGUAAAGAAAUCGUAGUUUUAAGGUCUUUGUUGUGUCAUUUUGUAUAACAAAAGAUGUUCACUUUUGUAUUGUAUCAUACAUAUUUCUGACAGUUAAAUCUUAGAUGAGUGUUUUCAUGGCUG